ACAGUUUCAGUCAGUCGAAAUCAAGCCAGAACAAAACAAUGUGCCGGGCUUGGUCUGAAGAUGCACAAAACACGCAGACAAAAGCAAAAAUGCCCGCAGAUGUCCCAAGUAGUGGAUUAUCUAAACUCAGUGCAGAGUUUGAGUGCAGCGAUGGUAAUACACACCCUCUGCAUGUUGCAGGUACACAAACGCAGACAAAACCUCUUUCACAGAUCCAAAUCCAAACACAGCUGUGCUCGAAAACUGUGGUUCAAGCAGAAACACCGCAGAGUGUAUCCGUGGAAAAGCCGAAGCAUGCAGUGGAAGCAGUCUUAACCCAGCAUGACGCAAAAAUAAACGUGGAAUCUCUGGAGAAGAAUCAAAACCAGACACAAGAUCCAGCUCAAAACCAGAUCCAGAGUCACUCGAAUCCUCUCAGUCAGACCCACGACUCAUGCAGUCAGCCUGAGCUCACCGGCCUUACCAUCACCACCACCACCACCACUGCAGCUGAAAAUGCUGCAAAGCUUCAAGAGUCAAACACUCUGGGCUCCCUGACACACACACAGCACAAUACUGUCCGUUAUCAAUCCCCUUUCAAGACUAAUUCUAAUCUUGAUUACCAUAAUGUUGGUACUGAAACACUUUUCUUUCAGCAAAGACAUAGACACAGGAUGACACAGCCUUCAGGGAUCGCUGCAGGUUUAAACACACAAAGAGGACAAUGGAGCUACACACUUAACUUAAAACAACACAUGGACUUUCUGUCUGAUAAUCCUAAUGUCUUCUCUCCCUCCAUGUCACAGCAAAAGCAAACAAACACAGGGCUUCAGUUCCCUUUAACCCAUCCAAGAGGCCACACAUCUGGAUUAGAAACCAAAUUUUGGUCCUUUGGAACCAGGAGGCAAGAUCAGCCACAGAGGCACCGUCAUUUAUCCACAGAGUUGCCAGGGUUAAUGUCAGCAUCAACAGGUAUGGAGACUCAUCUUAAGGUUCAGCUCCAGACAGACUCCAAGCUGUUCUUACCAGCUACAGGAACCAAGCUGCACCUACAGCACUGUACCUCCCAGCAGUCUGCAAGACUAAACUGGAAUCACACUGGGAGACCCAGACCCGUGGCUAGACAACACUCAUUCGGCAGCGCCUACGGGAUUGGACAAGAGAUGGGUGGACAGCUGGGCUGGAGGGCGUUUCACAGCAGCGGGAUGACAACAUUGGGAAGGAGCAAGAGCAUGACUGAGUGACUGACACACAGCAGGCCUGAACCAAACAUAACCAAGACCUGACAGAAAUAUACAAACUGUGGACAAACAUAGGUUUUACAUCUGGUGGUAUAAUCUAAAUUCACCUUCACGCACAGGCACAGAGAAGAUGUAAUCAUACAGAGUGCUCUUCUCCUUUUUGAGCUGUACCUUGUCCUGAUGAAGCUCGUGCAGGCCUUCAGCCAGAUCCUGUCCUCAUC